UCAGUUCCCAGUUAUGUAUUAUGUAUCCACGGCAUUUGAGUAGUCAUUCUCAUCAGCUCUGUAAAACAUGUGUCCGUAAACAAAAGCGUUUCUACAAGUCGAAAGAUGUGUAAACGAUCGAGGUUCUACCCAUGUACCGAACAUAUGUACCGUAUGCCUGCGCUGCCCACUGUUCGCCCGCGUUGUUGGUAUCUGUGUCCACACAUUCGUUAAGAUUUUGUCUGUCUGUCUGUCUGUCAGUCCAGCCAUACAGUACGUCUGUUGUUGUUUGUUUUGCUAUAGACACUCAUCUUUACACACGGGCAUGGCGUGUAGAUAAUAUUAAUUCGACUUGUUGUUGCUGCUGUUAUUGUUGUUGUUGUCGUUGUCGUUGAUUUGUACUUUAUUAUUAUUAUUAUUACUUUUUUUUUGAGCACACCACGCUGAUAAAAUAAAGAACAAUAUUAAUAUGAGUUUAAAAAUAGAUUUGCUCUUGUUCUUGUAUAUUUUUUGCUGCAAUUCACGUUGUUGUUGUGUGAGAUAUACUCGUAUGUAUUGUGUAUUUGACUUGGUUGUAGAGCUCAUCAGCGCUGCUCGCAGCGAUAAAGUGCGAGAAACGCACACAAAGAUCGAUACAAAGCGGGGCUGAGAGCGAGAGAGAGUGAAAAGAGAGUGAGAAGAGAGAAUGUGUGAUCAUUUCGUUGACAUUUCUUACAGCAACGAAGUAAAUAAUAAUAGAAAGAGAAAUGCGGCGCUGCGAAGAGUAGAAUUCUCCAUUUUUCGUGGUGAAUUUCACACCUUCUCAUAUUUAAGCAGAAAAUGCAGGAAAUUCAUUUGUUCGCCGCUGACAGGAUGUGUCAAGAAUUAACUUUUGUCUACUUUAAAGACUAGAGAAUAUCCCAAGUUUGCUUGUGCUAAUUUGAACUAAGCCAGUUUGUGGUAAACUGUUAUCUCUCAGCCGAUAUUUAGUAGCAACUAUUUAUUAAAAACUGCGUUUUAUGGCCAAGCUCACACAAAGCAAUCUCUCUCUCACUUACAUUGCACCUACUCAUUUGUACACUUGUGCAUCAACCCUUUUCGCUCAAUCGCAUUGCUCGCCUGCGCCAACUGCUAGCCACACGCAUACUCUCUUCAAAUACCAUGGAUGGGAGUUGAAGCUGGGCGCUUGGCGCUCGCGGCUGCCGGUUGGGGUUUGGGGAGUUUGCAAUUGAGCAACAGCUGAGUGGCAGUCGACAGCUCGGCGCACUCACACACGAGCGUAGCACAUUAUCGGCGACUAUGCUCAUCGGUUCGCCGACGUCGUCGUGGUCGUUGUUGCGUUGCGUUGUGAACUGGCUGAGCGCUGUGUGCAUUCAGUAUUAUUCUAUUCGUCUGCGAUAAAAGUUGCGAGUAAAUGUUGGGUCUGUGUCUACUAUAGAUAGAUAUAUUAUUUUUUUUUUCCAAUUCCGUGGUCUAGUACUAGUGAAUGCUGGAAGAUUUUCAGCUCGUUUUCUGCGGUCGCUGUGUGGUUUAUAUGUCGUUGCGUCGUCAGUUAAGCGUCGGUGGUCGGUUCAGCCUUCAGCUUGCGUACUGGAAAGGCGUGGAAAAACUCUGUUAUGAUACCGGAAUCUGUGCGGGGGAAAGACAGCGGAAAAAAUACCGCUCGUUUUGGCCAAUAACCAUUGUCAAGCGUUCAAUAAAAGUUUAGUAUUGAUGUUUGUAUGUGCGUUUUAAGAAUUCUAAAACCAAAAUAACUGUGUUGGCUUACAUUUUUGAAAAUUUGUACUCAAGUGUUACUCAAUUGGUGAGCAUUAAGUGAUAAAUACAUGCAUGUGUAUGUGUGCUUGAGCCUUCGACUUUUCUAAAGGCAGCAUUACCACUUUAAAAUCAAAUUCAACAACAACAACAGUGCAUAAAUAUUUGCUACAGCUGUUCGCAUAAAAUUUAUGGAUAACGGUCUACAGCAGCGCUGCUAUCAAAACGCCAAAGUGAAUUCGUUGCAUUUAUAUAACAUUGCUGUCUGUGGCGUACAACAACACAAACGUGAAACAGCAACAAAAUAAAUUUCCACAAAAAUUUCGCAAGCGAAAAUAAAAAGUAGAAAAAUAUAAAAUAAAAUAAAAAAGUAUUUGCAAUAACAAUUGUUUGUUGCUAACAACAAUAGUGUUAAUUAAAAAUUACAAAAGCAAAGUUGUAGCGGCAAACGGUGCGUUCUAAACAAAAACAUCAACCAAAACAAGCACGUGCAUAGCAACAAUAACAACAAUAUCGCAGCAAAAAAUUCUUCCUCAUAGGUGUCGCGCUGAUCGGCCCCGGCCUAAGGGGCCAUGACGCGUUGGCCCUUUCAUUAUUUAUUAUUGCUCUCGGUGGCAGUAUUCUGUGUACCGGGUGUCAUAGCGUGGCGCGACGAACAAAAUAGGACCAUACUCAAUGUUGGCUAUCUAACAGCCAUUACCGGUGAGCUAAUGGACAAGCAGGGUCUGGCCAUUUCAGGUGCACUCCAAAUGGCUUUAGAUGAGAUCAACGCCGAUGACAACUUGCUGCCGAAUGUCAAAUUGCAGCUGCGCUGGAAUGACACCAAAGGUGACACGGUGACUGCUACCAAAGCCAUAACCGAGAUGAUAUGCGAUGGCAUUGUGACGAUAUUCGGUCCGGAGGGUCAUUGCUAUGUGGAGGCUAUUGUGUCGCAAAGUCGUAACAUUCCAAUGAUAUCAUACAAAUGUGCUGAAUACAGAGCAUCCGCCAUACCGACAUUUGCGCGCACCGAACCACCAGACACGCAGGUAAUUAAGUCAGUGAUUUCGCUUUUGCGUUACUAUGGCUGGAAGAAAUUCUCCAUUCUGCAUGACGAACUGUGGACGACCGUCGCUGAUUUGCUCAAAGAACAGGCCACCAAGAGGAAUAUGACCAUAAACCAUAAGGAAUCGUUUCUUACGAAUAUGCCGAAAUGCUGUGCAUUAGGGUUGCCAUGUUGUCGUACGAGUUUUUGGUAUCAGACUGUGCAAAAUACAAUGAAUCGCACCCGCAUCUAUGUAUUCCUCGGUUCGGCGGGCUCACUGGUCGACUUUAUGCUCUCCAUGGAAACGGCCAAUUUGUUCCUCAAAGGUGAAUACAUGGUCAUCUUUGUCGAUAUGAUGCCCUAUACACCAAAAGAAGCCGAAAAGUAUUUACGCAAACCGGAGCAAAUUGAGGCGAUGAAGGUCUGCCACGAAACGGAUAGCUUUCAGCAUUUGGCGCGCAGUUUGCUAGUCGUGGCCUCCACGCCACCCACGGACAGUUAUGAAGAUUUCACGGCCAAAGUGCGUCAGUACAAUGCGAAGAAGCCGUUCGACUUUCUUGUGCCAUCGUUAUUUUACCAUAAUAAAUAUCUUAAGUUUGUUUCUAUAUAUGCCGCUUACCUCUAUGAUUCCGUUAAGCUCUAUGCCUGGGCGUUGGAUAAACUGCUGCGCCAGGAGGAGCGCAUACUAACGGAUGAUGUGAUAUACGAUGUAGCUAGUAAUGGAACUAGAAUAAUUGAGACUAUUAUCAAAAAUCGUACUUAUAGAAGUAUCACUGGUGCAACCAUAAAAAUCGACCAGAAUGGUGAUUCCGAAGGCAAUUUCUCGGUGCUGGCCUACAAGCCGCACAAACACUAUUUCAGUGAUAAUGUUUCCUGCAAUUCGCAUAUGGUGCCCGUGGCCUAUUUCCAACAAGGGGAAGAUAUUCCAGAAUACAAACUCAUCAAUGGCUCGGUGCGCGUUGAUUGGCCCUCGGGCGGUGAUCGUCCCUUCGACGAGCCGAUGUGCGGUUUCGCAAACGAGCUGUGCAAAAAGGAUGAUCGUCACAUUACAUCGGUGGUGGCGGCCGGUGUACUUGGUUUACUGCUAUUCUGUGCCGGUGUCAUCACAAUGAGCAUUUAUCGAAAGUGGAAAAUCGAGCUGGAGAUCGAAGGUCUCUUGUGGAAAAUUGACAUAUCGGAAAUAAAGGGCUACUCGGGCAAUGAUAUAGUCGCAUCGCCAAGUAAGUUGAGCUUAGUGAGUGCCCAAUCGUUUGGUUCGCGUUGCUCAAAUCAAGUAUUCACCUCGACGGCGCGCUUACGUGGCGCAGUCGUUCGCAUCAAGGAGCUGAAGUUCCCGCGCAAACGGGACAUUUCGCGCGAGAUAAUGAAGGAGAUGCGUUUGUUACGCGAACUACGCCAUGAUAAUAUAAAUAGCUUUAUUGGGGCUUGUGUGGAGCCGACACGUAUUCUACUAGUCACCGAUUACUGUGCCAAGGGCAGCCUCUACGAUAUAAUCGAGAAUGAGGACAUCAAGUUGGACAACCUGUUCAUCGCUUCGCUCAUACACGAUUUGAUUAAGGGCAUGAUUUACAUACACAACUCGCAGCUGAUGUACCACGGAAACCUGAAAUCAUCCAAUUGUGUGGUGACCUCGCGUUGGAUGCUGCAAGUGGCCGACUUUGGUUUGCAUGAACUGAGAAAUUGUGCGGAAAGCGAAUCCAUAGGGGAACAUCAGCACUACAGAAACCAAUUUUGGAAAGCGCCCGAACUGCUACGCAAUCAACACUUGUAUGGCACCCAAAAAGGCGAUGUUUACGCAUUCGCUAUUAUCAUGUACGAGAUAGUGAGUCGGAAGGGGCCAUUCGGCCAGAUCGCCUAUGAGCCAAAGGAAAUUGUCGAUCGUGUGAAGGAGCGGCCAAUGGCAGGCAGCAUACCAUUUCGACCCGAACUAGAGUGCAUAAGGGAGUACGAGUUGUGUCCUGAUUAUGUGCUUGAUUGUAUUAAGGAUUGUUGGAGCGAGGAUCCUGAGUUAAGACCUGACUUUCCAACUAUACGGAAUCGCUUGAAGAAAAUGCGCGGUGGUAAGACGAAGAAUAUCAUGGAUCAGAUGAUGGAAAUGAUGGAGAAGUAUGCCAACAACUUGGAGGAAAUCGUAACCGACCGCACGCGUAUGUUGUGUGAGGAGAAACGUAAAACCGAAGAUUUGCUGCACCGCAUGCUGCCGCGAACUGUGGCGGAGAAGUUAACAAUGGGCCAAGGCGUCGAACCAGUGUCAUACGAUUUGGUCACUAUCUACUUCAGCGACAUUGUGGGCUUCACCGCUAUGUCAGCGGAGAGUACACCACUGCAAGUGGUGAAUUUCCUAAACGAUCUCUACACGGUAUUCGAUCGCAUCAUUCGCGGCUACGAUGUGUACAAAGUGGAAACCAUUGGCGACGCUUACAUGGUGGUCUCUGGUUUGCCGAUCAAAAAUGGCGAUCGCCACGCUGGCGAAAUUGCUUCGAUGUCGCUAGAUCUGCUGCAUGCGGUCAAACAGCAUCGCAUUGCACACCGACCCAAUGAAACACUCAAGCUGCGCAUCGGUAUGCACACUGGUCCCGUGGUUGCGGGUGUGGUGGGUUUGACGAUGCCACGCUAUUGUCUGUUCGGUGAUACCGUGAACACUGCGUCGCGUAUGGAGUCCAACGGCGAGGCUUUGAAGAUACACAUAUCAGGUAAAUGCAAAGAAGCGCUCGACAAGCUUGGUGGUUAUGUGACUGAGAAGCGUGGACUUGUGUCGAUGAAGGGCAAGGGUGACGUAGUCACGUACUGGCUGACAGACGCCACGGAAAAGGCUAUACAAAGGAAACAGGUCGAUAUGACCGACAUGCCACCGCCGCUCUUUUGUCGACCGCGCAAAAGUCCAAAGUUGAAUAGUGACUCGCGCCAGCCGAGCAUCGUGGGCAUGCAUUUCUACGGCGGUGGCUCUCGGCGCACCUCCAUGGUGCCACGCACCGAUAUCGAGUCAAAUUAUAGCCUACAAGGUUCCACAUAUUACGUGGCGCGCGAUUCGCCGCACUUGUCGUCGCGUCGUCACGAUCGGCCGUCGCUGAAUGGCAUUGGCGGCAACAGCAUACCGGAGCGCAUGAGUUACUAUGGCGGUUAUGUUGGCGCGGGGACGGGAGGUGAGAGAAGUGGGAGCGUCGGUGAGACUUGCACGCUGCUUGAGUCAGCACAUGCAUCGCACAACACGCUGGAGCAUUCCGAAAACGAAACGAACUGUGAUAAUGAGUGCGUAAAUGGUUACGGGGAUUGUGAUAGCGCAGGCGAUAGUAGCGUGGUUGGUGGUGUUGGCGGUAUUGGCGUGACGAGCAUUGUUGGUAGUGCGCUGCUGGUAGGUGCACUCCGCGCACCACAUUCCGUUGCAAGCUCGCCCAGCCACAAGCCGCUGGCCUUGGUGCGUCCGCAUCGUCGCAUUAUUAGCGAAAACCUGCCAUCCUCUGUCUCCACACAUGAGUUUGGUGAUAUCAGCAGACAUCCCACCGUCGCUCAAUCGCUUCUGCUGCGCGAGACACGCUCCCUUGACCCCAUGCCUAUGCAGCUACGUAAACGUAACGAGCCCGUAAAACUACCGCCGUCCAAAUUGUCGAAAAACAAUUCACGCUCCUUGGAUGCUGUUGCAGCACUCGGCAUACGAGAGAGCAAGACUACCAAAUUCGAAAACGCGAAUAUGAAUGGCGUCGCAGACGAUGAAGUGGACGAUAUGCGCAGCGCAGAGAUCGAGGAAGUCAACGUGAAUACUGAACCGAAUAAUUUGGAUGGCGAAGACUACGAUGACGAUGUUGGACUGCUGAUGCGUGACAAUGGUGGCUUGCGCUACGGUCAUAGUGGCAGUCUACAGCCCAGCAUAGUGCCCGUCGCAUCCACGCUACUGAAUCGCAGACGCAGUGGCAGCCACGUUUCCACCGGUGGCGGUAGUGCUGUUAUUGGUGGCACAGCCAGCGGGGUUUUGCUGCCAUAUAAGCAUCUCAACAACAACUGCAACGGCGGCAUGACCAUCGAAGAGGAUUCCCAAUCCCCGCUACUACGACGACAAACGUCCCUCACCAGUCCACCCGACGAGAUAUUGGCGCUCACAAAGCGUUGCCGCUCGCUGGAGGCACUGGAACACACCAGCAUGGAUGCCGCUGCUGUACCUGCAAACGCCAAUAGUGGGCGUGGCAUCGGUGGCGGCGGCCACACUGGUCAUAACAGCGUUAGCUACGCGCAGGACAUCGACGGCAGUCGCGCCUCAGCCUCGGGCUCGUCGGUCGCUGGUCCAACGACGCGCAACGGCAGCAACUUCACAACCUGGCUGUGGCGCAUUAUUCAGGGCAACGGAAAGCGUUCGAACGAGGCGUCGCUGCGGCGUGUGGUGCCGAGUGGUGUGCACGCGCCGCACGUCUUCAGUGACAUGCCGCCGACGGCGGCGUUAACGCGCGAUCGUGAGAGUAUCGUGUAGUGCACGAGGGACCCCGAUGGUGUAGUGGAACGAACUAACGGUUCGGGUAUUGUGUAAUAUUGCAACUGUGUGCAAGCCAACAGACCACGUGCCGACGCGCCACGCUGUUUGUCAAAUUAAAGAAAAAAAUCAAAUUACUUAUUAAUUUAUUUAUUUGCUACAUAAAUUUACCCAAUAUUUUCGUGUGGAAAUGCUGGAAAAAUCGGUUGUAAAGACACUAACGGUUUAAGUGACGUCCACAUUUGGACGCGCUUGUGAACUUCUAGCGAAAACAGACGUGACGCGUACGGCGCUUGCGGCAACUGUAAAGGCGGUGCGUGACACAUGCCCUUUGCAAAAGGGGAAAUUUAUACAGUUACUCUCAGGAAAAUACCGUUUUUCGAAAGAAAAAAAAUACUUUUUUUGUGCAAAUUGUGUGUUACUUGUCUGUAGAUUUAUACAAAAUUCCGUUUUAUACAACUACAAAAACUCUCCACUUUUGUUUAUUUAAAAAAUGUAUUGAACUCUAUAUUAAAUCACCGUUAUUUUUACUUGCUAAACCACUAAAUUUGCACUUUCUCAAAAAUUAUAAAAAAUUAUAACAAAAACAACAAUGUAAAUAAAGCGCGAACGAAAUACAUAUAUAAAAGCGUAGCUUUUCAGUAGAGUUACUACAUAAUUGUAGAGUUGAGCUAAAUGUUGUCGAUUUCGAAAAUCUGUUUAUUCGCUUUAUCACUUGUAUAUACAUUGUCUGCAACGCUAAAAAUCUAAAAAUUGCUGUCAACAAUUUGGAGAAUUUGAAAAAUGCUUAAAUGUAGUAUUUGAUCUCAAACAGCACACGUAGCACACUUCCCCACAUACAUAUAUUCAAAAUAUUUUUAUAUAAACGUAUAACUUUGUGCCGUUAAUAAUUGGAACUCUACAAAGAACAAAAUUUGAAAGAAACUAUAAUUAAAUGCGUAAAAUAAAUAUUAAAAAGAAAAACUAACGCUUUUCCAACUGUAUUUCGGACCAAGUGAUUUGGAGACCAAGUGUAGACAUUAGUCUGGGUUGAUUUUUUGUUAAUUUUCUCAAGUCAAAUAGUUGAGUUUAAGCUUACUCCGAAGAAAUUACAACGAAAUUUUGCGUAACGUUACUUUUGUGCAGAACCCUUGGCAAAGCGUUAGUUUUAUUAGAAAUAAUUUCAAUAUAUACAUAUCUAGUCAGCCGACACCAGACUAGUUUUGGUUAAAAUUAUUUGAUGAAACUAAAGAGAAAACUUAAAUAAUAAAUUUUAAUAAAAAAAAAUGUUAAUUUUGCUAAAAUAAAACAACAACAAAUGCUUUGCAGCAAACAUUAAUUAUAUAUAAAUAAUUGAAAAAAAAAAAAAAAAAUUAUUUGUACGCCAACUUCUUUAUAUAUGUAUUUGUACACACAUAAAUAUAUAUAUUUUGUAAAAUUAAUGCAAUUUGUCUAUCAGAAAUGUUUAUCAGAAAUGUGUAUGUAUGUGUGUUUCAUUAAAGAAAAAAUUUAAAAAAAUUGCACUUUGUGUUGCCCAUUUAAUUGUAAGCUGCAAAAUUUAUAAGACUUCUUCACCAAACAAAAAACACUUUAAUUAAAAUAAAAAAACAAAAAUAAAAAAAAAAAAAAAUAAAUUACAUUUUAUUAUAAGUGAAGUGCUGUUAAAUUACAUACAUAAAAAAAAUAUUAAAAAUUAAUGCUGAAAAGGCAAAAUAUAAGAUUUAUUUAUAUUUAAAAGAAAAAUGUGCAUUAGUUUAAGUGUGUGUGUGUGUGUCUGUGUUUGUCGUUAAUGUUUAUAGUAAUAUAUUAUAUAAAUUAUAUAUAAAAUGUAAAAUAAUACAACAACAAGUGAGGAGAUGUUUAGGCUGAGUUUUGCGUGAAUGUGGGUGUGCUUGUGUGUGCGUGACUGUGUUUGCAUAACUACAUAUAUAUAUAUAUAUAUAUAUAUUACAAAGCAUAAACUACAUAUGUACAUAUAUAUAAAGAAACAAAAACAAAUAUCUAAACGCAAAAUGCUAAUUUAAUAGCUGAACAAAUUUAUUGCAAAUACAAAAACAAUACAAUUUCAUUAAAAAAAUAUAUUUAAAAAAAAAUUAAUUAAAUAAAAAUAAAAAAAGUGUUGUAUUUAAUUAUUAAUAAAUAAAUUGUAUGUGUAAAUAGCAAAUAGUUACUGUUAACUUUUAAAACAAACCAUAUAAACCAUCAUGUAAAAAAACUAAAAAAAACUAGUUAAGUUUUUGUAAAGAGUAUAACUGGCAUUUUGGCUGCAGAAAAGUGACAUUUUAUAGAAAUGCCGGGCGCAGCGUAGCGUGAGACCCUGUCAUGAAACGCUGCGCCAGGCAAUUCAGCACAGUCAGGCAGUUUGCGCAUGCGCGUGGGUGCCAAGUGCCAAUGCAGAAAUAAGUGGACAAAUUUAGAGAGCAAGUUAUUAGCUAAUCACAUAUGUAUGUAUGUAUAUAAAAGAGAAAAACAUUUAAUUAAUUAUAUAAAAUGUGUGCAAAAAUAAAUUAAAUAAAUUUCAAAAAAUUAAAAAAAAAUAUUAAUUGGCAAAUUGUUUGUUAGGCGCUAAAGCACAAAAUGAAAAUGCUUUCAAAACAAUUUUUAUAAUUUUUCUUAGCAAAACAAAUACUUGAUGUUAAACAACAAAAAAUAACAAAAUAAAAAUUAUAAAAAAUAGCGCUUCAAAGUUUAGGCUUUCCUGUAGUUGCCACCUAUCUCUUUAUGUCCAAUUAUGCAGUAGUCACUUAGCGCACAAUAAUGUAAAUGUUGUACAUUUUAUUUUUGUAUUUAUAAUGAAAAAGUGUAUAUGUUAAUUAAACAAAGAAUAUAUAGUGACAAAUAUAAAUAUUUAGCAUAUUUUGUAUGUAUGAAAAAAUGUAUAUUAUUGUUUUCUAGUUUUAGUAAAUGCUACAAAUAAAUGCGUAAACACGAAACAAAAGCAAAAACACACAAAACAAUUAAAUUAAAAUAAAAAAAAAAAUAAAAAUUAAAUAAAAUAAAAUAAACAAAAAAAAUAAAACAAAAUAAAAAAAAUGAAAAAAUAAAUAAAAUAAAAUAAAAUUAAAUUAAAUUAAAUUAA